CUUCGUUCGUCCCGCGACAUUGUGCGACGUAAUGAAACUCAUGAAACUCGCGACAAGGGCCGAGCGUGAGAACGUGGUGACGGGCGAGCGAGCGGGCACGCAGUGAGCGGAGUCGAGGAUUAACGAACGUUAUUCUACGAUUAUUCGUUCACAUCCGAUUCCACUUCUCUCCUGACCUCAUCGACCGAACGUAAGAAAAGCCGCGACUGGAGGAGACAUCGUGCCAAGGUGCUGUAGUCCGAAUUUGUGAGUAUCCCGGAUAUUCUGGUGCCAUUGCACGUUUGUCGUCGCCAUCCAUCCAACGACAUCGACAAGCUUUUUUCAUCGAGUUCGCGUGCUACGCGCCCUACGAGGAUGAUCGACCUAACAGUCAAGACCUUGGACUCACAGAAUCACGUCUUCUCCCUGGAAGACGACCAAAUCACGGUACGCGGCUUUAAAGAGUACAUAGCAGAGUCCGUCGCGGUACCAGCAGAUUCACAGAGGUUGAUUUAUUGUGGACGAGUGCUUCAAGAUGAAAAGAAAUUAAAUGAUUAUGAUGUCAAUGGAAAAGUCAUACAUCUGGUGCAACGUGCACCGCCCCAGUCUGGUCAACAUGGGAACGAUGGUGGACAAACACAGGGACAGGGCAGACAGGGCUGGCAAAACUCGCAGAGGCCGCAUUAUCGAGUUACACGCACUCAGAUGCAUGGAAACGCGAUGUAUCUGGGAGCUAUGUCUGUACCGGCAGAAAUUGUUGAAGGCCAUGGUAUACCACAGUUGAGCAACAGUUUGUCCGGUAGUAGGCUGAAUCAUGCUGGUCGAAUGCUUGAUCGUGUAAAUGAGCUGAUCGACCAGCUGGAUGAUCCCAGCGCUCCACGUCUGCAUCCGCCCCCAGAAGUUAAUCAGUCAACGACGCAGCAGCAGCAACAGCAACAGCAGCAAUCUCAAGAUUCAGAGCUUGAACAAAACGAAGAUGACGGUGCUAGACUUGCUGAGGCAGCCGCUGUCGUCAUCACAGCCGCGUUAUCAGCUGCCGGGGCGCGCGCAGUUGCAUUGGCCAGAGAUUUAAAUCCUCGACGAUAUGUAGACAGCAAUAUUAACGGUGAAAAUACGAGAGCUUCAAGCGACGCAAAUGAGCCCCAAAAUGAUGCACAGUCGUCACAAUCUCAAUCGCAGUCUCAGUCGCAGUCCCAGUCGCAGUCUCAGUCGCAGUCGCAAUCCCAGUCACAGUCCCAAUCACAGUCACAAUCUCAAUCACAACCGCAACAGCAACAACGAUCAUACUCGACUGCAUACGCGGAGGCUACAUCGAGCAUUCCUAACCAAAAUAGACGUACUCAGCAGGAUCUCCCACGACCUCCGCAAAUGGCAGAAUUAUUACAAAGACUGUGUAACACUCAAGAACGACUGAGACCAUACUUGGAACGUUAUUGCAUGCUUACUUUUCUCGAUCCUUCGUUACCGCCCGGACCUGGACCGAAUACCAUAGAGGAGAAUCAAAGAAUAGUGGAUGGAGUCAGUGAAAUUCUGCAUUUUAUGUCGCAUAGCUGUCACGCGCUGAGUGAUAUUAUCAUUGAUAUGAGUCAGCCACCACCUAGAAAUUUACGAUGUCGUCCAAUAAUAGUACAGCAUUCGGCUAUUCUUCAGCCUGGCAUUCCGAUCCAAGUGGAGGCACAUAUUAGUUUGAAUGGUCGUAGCGCUAAUAAUAACAACAGUAACGAUGAGACAACAGAAUCUGGUAAUCAGGCGCAAUCGGAUAACGUGGAAUCGUCGACAACUACGUCGCGCGUUAAUACCGAGGAAAGUAAUCAAGAGCGAGAAUCCGACAAUGCGGCACAGUCGCAUGCAGAACGAUCACAAGAUCAGGGCCAAUUGCCUUUUGAUACAGUAUUCAAUUUACCGAAUAACGUUGAGGUGCUGAUGGAAGUUAGUUCUGAGAGCAAUAUAGAUGCUGGAUCGAGUAAUGAACAGAAUGCGUCAGGCAAUGAAAACAACAACAACGCCCGUAGAACAAAUGUGUUUCCGUUCGGCACGCCACCGCCACCGUAUUUCAUGCGAAACUUUAUGCAAGCUGUAGCUGGGCACAUGGUGCAUGGCGGUAUUACUACUACGACUAUAAGUACGAGAAAUCCUCCCGUUACUGCUGUAGGAACGCAACCAGGUAUCUCUUCAUCAAUGGACAGUGGAAGCACCAAUGCUGGUCAAAGCACUCAAGCACGGAGCAAUACGGGUACUCAUCCUACCACCGCUACACAAACUCGAAGUACAUCGCGACCGCAUGUGUUCCAUCAUCAUGCUCAUCCAAUGGGUCUUGGUAUGAGUAUCGGACUAGGUCUCGAUUUCGAUCCUUAUCUUCCAUGUAACUCGCACCAUGUGUACCGUUCUCCGAGUACUGGGGUUACUGUAACUACCGAGGCAACUUCUUCGCAAACAACGCGCACGACGUCAACAACUACAGCGGACGCUCAGAAUCAAACUAAUCAAACUGCAACGACUUCGACUACGACCACCAGUUCUACUUCGCCAAACGUAACAUCAACUACAAAUGCAGAAACGGCUCCUAAUAACCCCUUUAUGGCUUUAUUGCAACAGAUAAUAAGUCAAACAGUGGGCGGUCAAUCGCAACCCAAUGUCACCAUAAAUAGUAACGCUCCAAAUUUGAUGGAAAGUCUUGGGAAUAUAAUGCAAAUGGUACAUGGCAAUAAUAUACACGUAGGAUUCUUAAGCGAUAGCUUAAUUGGAAAUUCUCUAUCAUUGGCCAGCUUGUUUGAGGGUGGUGGUCUAUCUAUGGAUCUUUCCACGUCGCAAGAAUCCGGUAGAGAUGAUAAUUUCCUUAUCGAUCUCUUAAUAUUGCUGGCACAAAAUAUGUCUCUGGAUGGAUUGAUCAGAAUACGUCUCGGUCAGUGGGGGCCCAUCGCUCGUCUUCGAAGACCACUGCAAGAGUUCCUACAGUAUACAUUCUCGAGUGCCUCGUCACCAGACGCCGUUCAAGAACAAGCAAUUGAGCGUUUACUUUCUCAACUACGAGUUCACAUUCAGAAUCUUCUGGCGUCCGAGGAAGACACUAGCAGCAGAAUCGGUUCCCGUGUUGAUCUUUGCGCGACCGUUGAAUCGUUGAUUACUCGCCACGCAAGAGAUAUACUUAGAAUCUCAUUCGACAACGGAAUCGAUGAUACUAGGUUCGGACAAGAUAUACUGAAUAUUCUAAUGAACAUGUGCAACCAAAUUUGUACAGUACUUCGAUACUCGCUACGCGGCGGCCAAGCUGGUUUGGAAGCGAUUGCGACACGUUUUAUGCAUAACUUGAUGGAUGGUGGCAAUCCUGCUCUUCUCCAGUGGGUGCUGAAUGGAUUUAUCACCCAUCUUCGUACUUAUUUUUUGCGCGUACCACAACCCCCGGAUUCAGAGAUCAUACCACUUUUAGUGUACAGAGAUGCAUCGUCUCAACCGUCGUCGGUAUAUUCAACGUCGACUCGCCAAUCCUCACAGGCGCAACCGGAAGAUGAACCGAUGGAAACCGAAACUCUAGAACAGCAUCAACAACAACAGCAACAACCAACACGCGAAAGCUCAAUACCUGAGGACCGAGAAGAAAUUCCGGAAACAUUCCCUGGUCACGAAGCUUUACCUUCGGAUUGGGUCCCAAUCAUCGCUCGCGACGGUGUGAGACAACGUAGACAGUUGCAGAUGCAGGGUGUAACACCGAACAGUGGUGUGACAACGUUUAGCGACGCGUAUCUAGGCGGUCUACCAAGUAAACGUCGCAAGUUGAUCGAACAACAGAAACCACGGUUACUAGUUAGCCCUACGCCGACUCAUCAUUCGACUAUAGCAGCAUCCAUGGAACGGUUAGUCAGAGAGGGAGUCGGUCAUGCCGGUGUCGAGGAGGUCGAAGGUGCCGCCGUGGCUGUCGCAGCGGAUCCAGCUGUGCGUCGCGCGUUUGGUCAGGCAAUCAGGGACUGCUUAAAUCCGUGCCGAUAUGGCACGCCAGACUUUCCAGAUCCGUUGCGUUUUCCGAAUGCGACCAAAUAUUUCGCGGAUCAGGAACGUCCACCGAAAUAAUAAUCAGCGACGAGAUAUAAUAUCGUACUUUGACUUGUGUUAUUAACUUAAAAGAGAUAUGUUAGGUAUCGUUAAAUGAAAGACGGCUGCUGUCCUGAGAGAAUCGACGCGCAAUGAAUGAUUCGGUCUCACGUGGACAAUUCCGUAUAGAAAGAAAAAAAUAUAUUUCUUUCUCCCUCUAUUGA